AUGCAGCACCAUGCACCCUUCUACGUGCCCGGGGCUCCCCAGGAAGGCUUCAGCCCCCAGGGCCUGGAGGAUGCUGAGAGCCAGGCCACGCCCACCGGUCCCGAGCCUCUUCCCGCUGUGGGUUCCUUGAACCUGUACCGCUCUCUAAACCCAGAGAAGGAGGUGCUUGCGGCCCCUCCGGCAGGCUUCCAGAUGGCGCCCUGCGGGUGCUUCUUUGACCCCCGCAUCUACCGCAUCGAGUGGGCCACCCCUGAUUUCGGCCCGUCGACCCUAUACAGGCUGGCAGCAGGCAGCAUGAGGGCGGGGACCCCCAGCCCUGCAGGCAGCUUCCUCCUGGAGCCUCAGCGCCACCUCAAGGCCCUGGGGCCACCCCUGUACCCCCACUACCAGCCAGUGUCCCCGUACCUUGUGCCCUGCUUCCCGCCGGAGGGGUCUGGGCCGGACACGCCGGGCUUUGUGGGGGACGGGGUCCCCCCGGCCUUCGUGGAGCUGGCCCCGCCGCCAGCCCCCAAGGACAGCAAGCCGCCCCCCAUGCCGGCGCUGGACGAGGACCCGCCGCCCGGCCCGGGGCCCCUGGCUGCCGACGUGGUGGCCCCCGCCCCACCUGGCAAGCGGAAGGCGGGAGCCGCGACCCCCAAGAAGGGGAGGCCAGGAGGGAAGGCCAGGCAGCCCGCGGGCGGCACCGCCCCCCCAGGGCCCCGGCAGGACCUGGGAGCCGCCCCCCAUUAA